AUGAACAAAGUUAUCUGUCUUCUAUCACUAUUGUUGGCUACUUCUUAUGCACUCUAUGAUUCACGAUCCAAAGUGUAGCUCCUUACACCUUAAACAUUCAGGGAGAAAGUCUUAAACUCUAAAUCACUUUGGAUAGUUGAAUUCUUUGCUCCAUGGUGUGGCCAUUGCAAAGCACUAGCCCCCGAAUAUGAAAAGGCAGCAAAGGCUCUAGAAGGAAUAGUGAAUAUUGCUGCGGUUGAUGCAGAUGCUCACAAGGACCUUGGAGGACAGUAUGGUAUUUAAGGAUUCCCUACAAUCAAAUUUUUUGGAGAAAACAAAAGUUCUCCUUCUGAUUACCAAGGAGAAAGAUCAGCCUAAGGAAUAAUCAACUUUGCAUUAGAAUAAGUGAAAUCGACUGUGAAUAGUAGAUAAAAAGGAUCAUCGUCAAAUAGAAAUUAAUAAAAACAAUCGUCUGGAUCUGGAUCUGGAUCAGGAUCUGGAUCAGCUGAUGAUGUUAUUGUUCUUACCGAUUCAACAUUUGAUGAAAAUGUUCUUAAAUCUAAGGAUUCUUGGUUCGUUGAAUUCUAUGCACCUUGGUGUGGGCACUGUAAGAAACUAGAACCUGAAUGGAAUAAAGUAGGAUCAGAUCUUAAGGGAAAAGUCAAAGUGGCUAAGGUAGAUGCCACUGCAAAUACUUAAUUAGCAACUCGUUUUGGAGUCUCAGGAUAUCCAACUUUGAAAUUCUUCCCUGCAGGUUUCUCCAAUGACUCAGAAGUUAUCUCUUAUGAUGGUGCUAGAGAUUCCUCUGCAAUGAUAGAGUUUGCUUUAGAAUAAUCUAAUAAGUCAAAGAAGGUUGAAGUAUUGGAACUAUUAUCAAAAGAUAUCUUAAAAGAAAAUUGCCUUGAUUACAAUGGUGUCUGUAUAAUUGCAUUUCUACCUCAUAUCUACGAUAGUAAUAAAUAAGAAAGAAAUUAAUAUAUCAAUUAAUUGUUAGAAGUUGCUAAAUCACUGAAAAAUAAGCCAGUGAAUUUCUUAUGGACUUAAGGAGGAGAUAACUAUGAAUUUGAAGAAGCAUUCUAAAGUGCUGCUGCACAUCCUUCAGUAAUGGCGUUAAGUGGCAGAAAAUCUGUUUAUGCUAAACUUAAAGGAGCAUUCAGUAAAUAAAAUAUUGAAUAAUUUGUGAAUAAUGUAUUAAACGGAAGAGAGCACUUUAAUUAGUAUUCUUAACUUCCUCAUUUUAAAAAAGUUGACAAAUGGGAUGGAUAGGACCAUAAACCAGUUUAUAAUGAUGAAUUCUGAAUAUUGUGUAAUUGUAUAAGUUAUGGUUAUCGUUAUUUG